GUCAUCAUGGCGGCGCGGGGCCAUGUGCAGGAUCCUAACGAUAGGAGGCUCCGACCCAUCUACGAUUACCUGGAUAAUGGGAACAACAAAAUGGCAAUUCAGCAAGCCGAGAAACUGUUGAAAAAACAUAAAGACCUGCACUGUGCCAAGGUUCUCAAAGCAAUUGGGUUACAGCGAACUGGGAAGCAAGAUGAAGCGUUUGUGCUGGCCCAAGAGGUAGCAGCUCUCGAGCCCACUGAUGACAACUCCUUGCAAGCACUCACCAUCUUAUACAGGGAAAUGCACAGACCGGAAUUGGUGACUAAACUCUACGAGGCAGCUGUGAGAAAAGUCCCCACCAGUGAAGAGUAUCACUCUCAUCUUUUCAUGGCUUACGCUAGAGUAGGAGAAUAUAAGAAAAUGCAGCAGGCUGGAAUGGCACUUUAUAAAAUUGUUCCAAAAAAUCCCUAUUAUUUCUGGUCUGUUAUGAGCCUGAUCAUGCAGUCUAUUUCAGCUCAAGAUAAGAAAUUGUCUAAAACAAUGUUUUUGCCACUGGCUGAAAGAAUGGUUGAGAAGAUGGUAAAGGAGGACAAAAUAGAAGCAGAGGCUGAGGUUGAACUGUACUACAUGAUUUUAGAGCGUUUGGGGAAAUAUGAAGAGGCACUAGAAGUUAUCAGGGGAAAGCUCGGAGAGAAAUUAACCAGUGAACUACAGAGCCGUGAGAACAAGUGCAUGGCCAUGUACAAGAAGCUCAGCAAGUGGCCCGAAUGUAAUGCUCUCUCAAAGAGACUACUUUUGCAAAACCCAGAUGACUGGCAGUUCUAUCUUUCUUACUUUGACUCAGUGCUGCACCUUGUCGAUGGUUCAUGGACUCCACCAGUAGAGAGCCCAAUGUCAGCAGAAGGAGACUUGGAUCACACUUUGGAGCAGGUAGUCAAGUUUGUGGAAGAUCAGAUAGAGGGAGAUUGUAAAAAUCCACGACCGCUCCGAGGACCACAUCUAGCCAAGCUUGAAUUAAUUCGACGUCUAAGAAGCAGAGGAUGUAAUGAGUUCAAUCUGGGAGAACCUGAAAAUCUGAUGUUCCAGUACUUCCUUAAGUUCGGGGACAAGCCUUGCUGCUUCACCGAUCUUAAAGUAUUUGUGGAUCUUCUCAACCCAGCUCAACAUUCAAAUUUUAUUAACAGGCUGCUGGGCUCAUUACCUCUUACCCCUCCGAUCGUGGGAGACUUUGCAUUCCCGGAGGACAUCAAGGCCAUGCAGAGACACCUAUGUGUGAUUCAGCUUAGCAGACUACUUGGACUCCAUGAAAAGAUGGACAGAGCACAGAAGCAGGAAGCAAUUAGAGAAAUCAUCAUAAGAUACAGACAUGGACUGCAGUUUGGAAAAUCAUGUCUGAAAACAGAGCUGCAGUUCUCUGAUUACUACUGUCUCAUAGGAGCCCACUUGCUCCUAGAUCUGUGGAUUAGUGCAGGUGAAGACUGGGCAGUUUGGCACGCUCUUACUUUAUUAGAAGAAGGAUUAAGCAACAGUCCCUCUAAUGCCCAGUUUAAAUUGCUGCUUAUUCGCAUCUACUGCACACUGGGAGCAUUUGAGCCAGCUAUGGAUCUGUAUAGCAGCCUGGAUGCUAAACACAUACAACAUGACACAAUUGGUUACCUGCUGACUCGUUUUGGAGGAGCUUUGGGUCACUAUAACUCUGCAUCACAAGCCUGCAAUGCCGCAUUAAGGUUUUUCCACUCAAACCAGAAAGAUACCUCAGAAUAUAUUAUACAAGCUUAUAAAUAUGGAGCCUUUGAGAAAAUCCCAGAAUUUAUUGAUUUUAGAAACCGAUUGAACAAUUCUCUGCAUUUUGCACAAGUUCGAACUGAACGAAUGUUACUGGACCUGUUACUUGAAGCACAUGUUUCCAGCAGUCUGGAAGAGAGCAUCAAGUCAAUGUGUCUGAUUCCAGAGGAGGAUGACAUUCCAUGGCAGGACUUGCGAGAUAACCGGGAUCUGACUGUUCUUUUCAGUUGGGAUGCAGAUAAUAGAGACCAUACAGAAGAUUACAGCCAUCUCUCACUGGAAGAAGAACGUAUCUGGCUGCUUAUCCGAUCACUGACUUUAAGAUUGGUCAGUGGUCUGACCACUCUCAACCAUACUGAGCCCAAGAAUUCUGAAAAGGCUACAGAGAAUGGGGUAUCCUCCAAGAUUGAUACAGUCCGCACCUUGUUACAGCAGUUUGAGGAGGCAGUGGAUUCUGGGAAACGUUUUAGUGAGAAGAACGUUAAGUAUCCUUUCCUUGGUCCUCCGGCCUCUCGACUCACUGGAUUCUUGAGCAGUGGCUGCUGUCAGUGUCAGAAGGAGACUUUCCAGUUGGUGAAUGAUAUUUAUCAGCUUGAUUCAUGUGGCAUAGAUGAUAGUUGUGACAUUCAAGAAAAAAUUGGGAACAGAUUAAACUCUUCUCUAGGCUACUUAAAAGAUCUUUUCAGCCAGUGUAAAGGAGAUCUUCUAUUGUCCCGAGAAGGGCACUACAAGCCAUCGCCUCUUAUAAUUGAGAACUUAGUCUUCUUUGUGGAGCUAUAUCUAUUGUUUUUCUGGGUAUCAGGAUAUUUUGCUGCUGUUCUUAGGCCAUUCAAGUCAAAUCUUCAGAAGAAGAAAAAGAAGAAAAAAGAAAGUAGUACUACACAGCCUCCGGUGUUCACUGGCUUCCAGGACUUUGUCAAUGGGCUGCAAAAGUUGCUCACAGACCUGAACGACUACAUAAAGGAGUUAGAGGCCUCUUUGGUUGCACUGAAACUUGAAGAUCUCUCCUUAGAAAAUGUAACACUCAGUGAGGAAGAAAAGACGUUUACAAAGCUGUCAAUUGACAAGGUUCAGAACAGCUAUCUGCACUCUUUGCAAGAGGUUGGAGAUCUCAUGAGGAAAAAACUCGAAACCAUUAAAAAACUCAAGCUCUAG